AUGCGUGCGAGUGAAUUGGAACCACAUAGAGCACCUCCUCUAAUGCUGACUACUGAACUAACAAAAUGUUUCAGCAAAAACAAAAACUGCAAGGGCCAAAUAACUCCCAUGGACUGGAAUAAUGUGAUAUCAAAGACAUUAAUGAGGCACAAUGAGGAGUUGAAAAACGCGUCAAAAAAUUUUAAUUUAUCCAUGAAGAUUCAAACAAAUGUUAUGCAGCAUAUCGGCGACGUGAUUGUUCGUGAAAACAAAGUAAAAGUUUAUUGGGACGAGAAUAAAUUGGAUAUAAAGGAAAAGAAACAACAAGAUGAUACAGAAGAAAUCGAAAAUAAUCAUGUUAUGCUAGAGGACAAUAACAAAAACUUACCAUACGCGUUAAGAGAACUCAUGAAUCGAGACAGCGAAUUGCAAACAAGAUGCGCCGCAAGUGUUAAAGAAAUCAGAAUGAUAUACGAAGAUAACAAAACGGCAGAGAUUCUGCUUCCAAGGAUGGACAAUAGUGAAUGGUGGACAAUGGUAUGCAUGGUAAGCGGCGUGGGAAUCGUUAUGUUCCUAAUAGGGAUUCUUGCUGUUUAUGUUGUCUAUACAAACAUAAGGGGCCCGAGAUCUCCCAAUAGUAAAGAUCAUUUGCACCGAGAUACAAGUCUAAGAAGAAUGAGUAGCGAGAGAAAAUUGUCCACAACUGUAAUGAAUCGCAACCAGCGGGUAUCGCGCGCUCCACAAAGGACCGACAGCGAAAGGAGUACUAUAUCUGAAAAAAGUGUUUGA